AUGCUGAGGGCGCCAAUUGUUCUCAAAAUGGAUCAUCUUUACGACUUCUCUUCCCAAAAAGCCAGGCUCUCCCGCCGUAAAGAAGGGGCCCAGGCUGGGGAGCCUACCCUUCCGCCUCGAAACGCCAUCCAGGCCGCGGAGGCGAGCCUCCCGGAUCCGAGCUCCGCAAUGUACUUGUCCGGCAUGUCCCAGGAGGACACGGUUAAACACAUUGUAGAUGACAUUGUUCCCGGGCUGAACGGCCAAGCUCUAUCGUCCCGAUAUUACGGCUUCGUCACCGGCGGCACCCUCCCCAUCGCGGAGUGGGCGGAUAACGUCGUGUCCCGCGCUGACCAAAACGCGGCCGUCCACCUCCCCGACCAAACCGUAGCCACGGCCGUGGAGGACGCGGCGCUGAAAAUGGCGAUCCUCGCGAAGAAGCUGGGGUCGGGCGAAAGCGUGGGGGAGCUGGGCCUCCUGGAGGCGUGCGUGCGGGCGGGCGUGACGGGCGUGCAGGUCCUCACGUGCGCGGGGCACAGCUCGCUGAGCAAGGCCGCGAGCGUCGUCGGCCUCGGGCGGCGCGCGGUCAAGGAGCUUGGGGUGAGCGCCGCGGAGCCGUGGAGGCUGGACGUGGAGGCCCUCGAGCGCGAGCUGCGCGCGCCCGGGGUGGUGAGCGUGAUUUCGGUCAGCGCUGGGGAGGUGAACACGGGGCGGCAUGCGGUGAGCGGGGUGCAGGAGAUGAAGCGCGUUCGUGAGCUGGCGGAUCGGUAUGGUGCCUGGCUUCACGUUGAUGGUGCUUUUGGAAUAUUUUCAAGGGCCCUCGAUGGUAGGAGCGAGUAUCGCACCAUCCGGGAACGUUGCGCCGGGGUAGAGCUAGCGGACAGCAUCACCGUUGAUGCGCACAAAUUGCUCAAUGUGCCGUAUGAUUGCGGCAUGUUCUUUACCCGCUCGCACAAGACGCUCGAGGCCGUCUUUAUGAAUCCAAACGCCGCCUACUUAGCGGCGCUUCCCGCCUACGCCGUGCUCCUCAGCGAAGGUCGACCCGGCAUCGCGGGGCUACUUUCCAACAUGACGGAGCUGAGCAGGCAGGCGGCGCGGUUCGUUCAGCAGUCGGAACACUACGAGCUGCUGCCUGACGAGAAUAUUGACGAAGUCUUCAUGAUUGUCCUCUUCCGAGCGAAAGACAAGAAGUUGAAUGACGAGCUUGUGAGCAAGAUUAAUGCCACGAGGAAGAUAUACGUCAGCCCUACGAGCUGGAACGGAGAAAAGGCGGUCCGUAUAGCCGUAUCGACUUGGAUGGUUGAUGUUUCCCGCGACAUGGAGGUCAUCGCCUCUGUUCUCACUGAAGUGGCAGGGCAAUAA